GGCAAUCUGUUUGACUUGAAGAAAUUCGAACACAAUAAUUUAAUAUAAUUUUUUUUUUUCCUGUUUUUAUAUAUUUAAUAAUUUAUUGUAUGCUGAUUCCUCCGUCAUUGUCUGAAAGAGAGCUCAGACCAGAGAAUAUAUAAAUAUUUAGAAAGAGAAGGUGGGGGAGAGAUUUUGUUUCUCUCUCUAGAAUUCCUCAGAUUCAAUCAAGGGAGCCUUGCCCGCUCAGAAUCUUGAAGCUAGGUGCUGGUGCUGGGGAGUUGCUUGAUUUGUAGUGGUUGAUUGAUGUGAUUAAUUGAUGAUUGAAGAGCAUGCAUAUUGAACAUGGUGCUGAGAAAUGAGGUUUAGGUUCAAGAAUGGGGUGUGUACUUGGUCGUGAAGUGUUGUCGAACGUGGUGGUUUCGGAGGCUAAUGGGGCGGAGAAGAGUAUCAAGGAGAAGAGGAGUAAUUCGAGUGUCAAUUCGAACAGGAAGUUGGAUGAUGUGACGAAGAAAAGUGAUAGUAAGGUUGAGGUUGGUAACGGAGAGACCCAAAAGGAGGAGAAGACUGAUGGUAGUCAACGGCCCCGAGGUGAUAAGAAAAAAUUGAGGUCAAAUCCGAGGUUGAGUAAUCUACCCAAUCAUGUGCGUGGAGAGCAAGUUGCAGCUGGGUGGCCGUCUUGGUUAUCGGAUGUUGCAGGGCCAGCACUUAAUGGCUGGAUACCUCGGCGAGCAGACACUUUCCAGAAACUUGAUAAGAUUGGACAAGGAACAUAUAGCAAUGUGUAUAAAGCUAGAGAUAUGUUAACGGGCAAAAUUGUUGCACUAAAGAAAGUUCGAUUUGAUAAUUUGGAACCUGAGAGUGUGAAAUUUAUGGCUAGAGAGAUUGUCAUUUUGCGGCGCUUGGAUCAUCCCAAUGUUGUAAAAUUGGAGGGUUUGGUGACUUCAAGGCUGUCCUGCAGUUUGUAUCUUGUAUUUGAGUAUAUGGAGCAUGAUUUGGCUGGACUUGCUGCAAGCCCGGGUAUCAAAUUCACUGAACCUCAGGUCAAAUGUUACAUGAAACAACUACUAUCUGGCCUAGAGCAUUGUCACAACCGCGGUGUGCUUCACCGUGACAUCAAAGGAUCAAAUCUCCUUCUUGAUAAUGGAGGAGUACUUAAGAUUGCUGAUUUUGGCUUGGCUGCUAUAUUUGAUCCUAAUUACAAGCACCCAAUGACGAGUCGGGUGGUAACCUUAUGGUAUCGACCUCCAGAGCUUCUGCUUGGGGCUAAUGACUAUGGCGUAGGUGUGGACUUGUGGAGUGCAGGCUGCAUUUUAGCUGAGUUAUUGGCUGGGAAGCCCAUCAUGCCUGGUCGUACAGAGGUAGAGCAAUUACAUAAGAUAUACAAGCUAUGCGGCUCACCUUCUGAUGAAUACUGGAAAAAAUAUAGAUUGCCAAAUGCAACCUUAUUCAAGCCUCGAGACCCUUACAAACGAUGCAUAGCAGAGACAUUCAAAGACUUCCCACCAUCUUCACUGCCACUUAUUGAAACUCUUCUUGCAAUUGAUCCAGUGGAACGUCGGACAGCCACAGCUGCAUUAAACUGUGAAUUCUUCACAACGAAACCUUAUGCUUGUGAACCAUCUAGCCUUCCGCAAUAUCCUCCAAGCAAGGAGAUGGAUGCCAAGAGGCGAGAUGAUGAAGCUCGAAGGCAAAAAACCGCUAGCAAAGCCCACGGUGAUGGUGCGAAGAAAAUGCGUCCACGCGCUAGGGCAAUGCCUGGACCAGAAGCCAAUGCUGAGCUUCAAUCUAAUCUUGAUCGAAGACGCCUAAUCUCCCAUGCAAAUGCAAAGAGUAAGAGUGAAAAGUUUCCUCCACCUCACCAGGACGGAGCAGUUGGCUUCCCCUUGGGUGCUUCACAACACAUUGAUCCUGCUUUUGUCCCUGGUGAUGUGCCAUUCAGUUCUACAUCAUUUACAUCUUCAAAAGAUCAUGCCCAGACCUGGUCUGGUCCAAUAGGCGACCCUGCUGCCAUUGGAGCUCUAAGGCGAAAGAAGAACACUUAUGGUGAUGCUCGAGAACCGAAAAAACCAGCAGCAGUUAACCCAAGGGACAGAAGUGCGAAGGUGAGGGUGGUUAAAGGAUAGGAAUUAUUGCUUGAACUUCAUGUCAAGUGAAAUUAAUCGUGUGGAUAUGCUGACAAACAUUUCCACCAGAAUCAAUCUCUGUGCUUCACGAGUGAAGUGCUUUAAAUCCCCCAUGAAUGCAUUUCAAAAAAUGUAUUCAGAGGUAAAAUCUGUUCUUCUUUUUCCUUUCCCCCUUUCCCCAAAAUAUAAUUUUUUUUUUUAACCUGGUUCUAUUGAUUGUGUAUAUUUUGAAUCUUUCCUUAAAAAAAAAAAAAACACAAAAGAAAAUGAAUUCCUUGUGGUGAAAACUGAGUACUGUUUAGUGAAAUUCUAAUAAAUGUUUGAGAGUUAAAUUCGUUUGUUCAAUAUUUC